AUGACAAAACAUGGCAGCCUCCAUGAAAACUUUUGCAGAGAUUUUUACUAAGAUAAAAUAAUAUUUAAAUACGAGAAAGUGAUGUCAAUCAAACAGUGGAAAAAAGACCAAGGCCCUCCACCUGAGUGGCAUGACUGGGUGGAGGAACUUUUCUCACCUUCACUAAAUCUAGAAAGAGAAGCCAUAAUGGAGGGUGUAAACAAAGACAGUGCAGUCAAGUCAAAAAUAAAAAGAAUCUCAGUGUUGGACCCUGAAACUGUGAGAGAAGUGUAUGAGAAAGUUCACAUGAUGUCUAUGAUGAAUGAUGAAAUGAAGACAUCAGGACUGAAAAAGACCACCAUUUCAUCAGAGCUAAAAACAGCAGAUAUAUCAUCAACCAGUAAAGUAGAGAAAUCAAAGAAGACUGUGGAAGUAGAUUUAGACGAGUCAUGUGUUUGGGACUCUGACGAGAUAUCUGUCUUACGUAAAGUGUUUAAACAAGUCAAAGAGGAAAACAUGAAACUAAGAGUGAAAAACAAAGAGAUUGAGAAAAGAAACAUGCAGUUAGAAAUGAAAUACAAUUCUCUAGUGAAAGAACUGGAAGAAAAAAAUUUCAAGCUGACAGAAGUUGUAAAAGCAAAUUCAAGGCUAAAAAUUCACUGUGAAAAUUUACAAAAAGAACUUGAUGAAACAAAUGUUAGAAUGACUGCCAUGGAGCAGAUUUUUAAAGAAAUAAAUGAAGAAAAAGGGAAAAUGGUGAAAGAUGUUCAUGAAUUAAGACUCACAGCAGACAAAGAACGGAUGGAGAAAAAUGCCAUUCAGCUUAAACUGGAAACAAUUCAACAUCAGAUUGCUAGUGAAAAAAUUGCCUUGGAGGAGUCGAUAAAAAUACAGUGUCGGGACCAAAUUGCAAACCUUGAGAAAAAUGUGAUAGAUUUAACAAAAGAACUGAAUAAAGAGAUAAAAGCUCAUAAGACUACUAAACGUGGACUUGACCACCUUAGAAACCAUUUCGCUAGUCUACCUCUAUCCCACAUAGUGCCACCCAAUGCUGUAAGCAGUGACCAGAUUAGUCAGUUUCAAUAUUAGCUUUUUUAUGAUGUAAUGAAUUGAA